GAGGUUCCUGCCUGAGGUAUUGGUGAUCCACUGCCACCAGAUGCGGAAGUCCGCUAAGCGAAAGCUUCUUAUUUUCCGUCCACAACCAUUUGAAGUGAAAGCUCCUCCUACUUUGACCACAACAAUUGAUUCUGUUUGUUUUGAUGAAUCGAUUGGAUUUACGAUAAAAUUAGUAAUCUGGCGUUACAUGAAAAUGUCCAAAAUACCAUUCAAGAAUGAUGGAAGUUUUAUGGAAUUGUUCAAGCAAAUGCAAGCUGAACAAGAAAGAGUAUCUAUUGAGAAGCCUGUUAUUCCGAAUGUAGUAAAGGUAGAAAAUACGGAUGAAUUUGACAGCAAGCAAUGCAAAACGGAGAGUGAAACAGGUAGUUGCUUUGUGUGGAAUUUUUAUCUCCCUAUUCUAUGAAUGGAAUUCUAAGUGCCAUAUUUCCAGUUAUUCCCGAUGAUUCAAAGGUUUUGGUGGCAAUCGAAUCGUUGGUCCUACGUGUUUCUGGUAUGUCCCACAGUCUUUGCGAAGCAGAAAUAAAGAAGUUUGAGGAUAGCAUACAGUAUUGGUUCCUGACGCUUCCAGAGACUAAUGAGUACAAGUUCUUUAGAAAAAGAUUGGCCGAUGUUCGUAAGCAAAAGACACUCAGUAGUUCAGUCAAACCUGAAGCUGUAGAUAAUUGCAAAUCAGAAAUUGAUGAAUUUAUCCCUACCAAAAGACGUCGCUCCAGAUGGGACGAAGAAACUAAUGAACCUAAAAUAAAUGGAUCGGUAAAAGAUUUCCCGGAUGGCUCUUUGGCUUCUGCGAUUGCACUAGCAAAAGCUGCUGCAGCUGCUGCAAAAACUCAAGGAACUACUUCUAAUCCAAAUCAGUUCACAGGCGGUGUUGUACUUACACCUGAGCAAGCCGAACAAAUACGUUAUCAAAAGGAACUUCAAGCUAUGCAAGAGUUUAUUUUAGCACAAAAACGAUCAAAGUCUAAAGAGGAAGAACUUAUGAAUCGAAUUGAGGGUGUAAAUUAUGGAAAUAAAACAAGAAUUACGAAGGAUGGUUUAGUUAUCAAAUAUGAGUAUGAUUCCGACGAGGACUGUGAAAAUGGAACAUGGGAGCAUAAAUUAAGACAAGCGGAAAUGGAGGCAACCCGAGAAUGGGCUCAGAAAUUAACUGAAAUGGGUCAUGGAAAACAUCAUAUUGGGGACUUUCUACCACCGGACGAAUUAGAGCGCUUCAUGGAAACUUUCCGUGCAUUGAAAGAAGGUCGGGAACCGGAUUUUUCUGAAUACAAACAGUUCAAGUUAACUUGUGAAAAUGUCGGUUUUCAAAUGUUAGAAAAAAUGGGUUGGAAAGAAGGUGAAGGACUUGGCAUUGAUGGUCAAGGUAUUGUUAAUCCAGUCAAUAAGUGAGUCCAGAAUUUUACCGCUCACCAUGAUCUAUUCUUUUUAAUAUCUUUUUCUGAGAAUGGAUGGGGAUAAAGAUUUGUGUUUAAACACUUAAUUACUUGUUCAAUUUUGCGAAAUUUUAUUCAAAGGGGGAAUGUCCACGUUGAUGGUGUAGGACUAGGAAUUGAUCGUCCUUCCAAAUUAAUAAAAGAAGAUGAUGAGUACGAUGCAUACAGGAAACGUAUGAUGUUAGCUUAUCGGUUUCGACCAAAUCCUUUGGUAAGUGUAGUAUAGUAAGCGACGAGUUUUUUUAUUUCCAGCUUACAAUCUACAUAGUGCAAAGUGAUCCGAUGUCUAACAAUUAAUGUUUUCUUAUUGAACUGAGAUGUAGCUUUUUUUCUCGAAAUCUGAUGCAACAGACAGAUGUGUAGAUUCACUGUUUCUCAUUUUCACCCUAGACUAGUUAUAUAAGAUCUGAUACAUAACAUUUAACAUUUUCUUGGUUAAAUGUCGAAAAAAUCAAUACUUAAUGUGCUUCCAGUCAGUUGAUUGGUGUUUCUAGUGUUUAGUUUUUUUAUUCGAGUUUCGGCUUCUGAACUGUUCAAUGGCUAUUCAUUCGAGUUUUUAUUGAGUCUAUUGUUCUAUCAUACCAAGCACGAGUCUUCUACGGAGUUGAUUGAUGUAGAAAAACUCCAAUCGUAGCUACUGCCGUAAUGUGGUAGUCAUACUUGUCUAUCGUGAUGACUCAGUUGAGCUAUAGUUGCUGAAACACUUGUUCCUUUAAGUUUUAUCGUACUAAGCAGGUUGGUUCUUAUUAUCACUAAUGCUGUUACUACUUGUGCUAGUCUAGAAUUGUGGGCUGAUAAUUUUACCUCUCCUUCCUUAUGAGGUGUGGGAACGUGAACCGAUGUAGAUACGUAAAAGGCUCUGUGUUGUGACUGACUGACCUGGAGAGUGGUAAGACUAAUAGCAGCGACUUAGGGUCUGAGGGCGAAUUCGAACUACUAACUGUACUGGGAUGUAAUUGCAGCAAAGUGUUUCCUUCGGACAAACAGCAUCUGUAGCGAUGCUACCUUAACACAACGAAAGAGAGCUUAGAAAAGGUCGACCCAAAAAUGUCACAUCUCACAGAUUUCUGUAAUAGGCGGCAAGGCUUUUUAAAGUACGGAGCUAACACAAUACAAAUCCCUCUCAGAAAGGCCGUAUAUGAUCAGCCUCAAGAAGUUGUCUCAUGGGCUCUCCACAGUCAUAUUCCCGGGUCGUUAAAACCACCAGUCCUUUUUUCAAGUCUCAAGAGAAAAUAUCAUCCCAUGUUAUGGGCAGCCGGGAAGUGACAAAUGCCUUCACGUCCCUAGCAGCACUCGGUGUCAUAUUAUUCAUCAUCAAAUCCCCUCCUCAUCUCUUAACGUCUCCUCGAUGACUAACCCUUAUAGUAUAUCUUUAUCACCACGUGUCACCAAUAAUAAUGAUUUGAGUUGAUAAAGUGUUAUUCCUGGUCUCCUGAAUCCACUAUCUAAACUACAUGUUGGAGCUUUCAAUGUUCGAACCUUGUGUCAGAUAGGACAACCGGCUUCUUUGGCUAGGACUCUAGAAUCUCGAGCCAUUGAUGUGUAGUGUCUCCGGAACGCGCAUGCAGGAUUCGAGUACGGCCAUUCAUUUGGCCUCACCUUGAGUGUCUGGAGACCCCACUGCUAUUCCUCUUAGCCUUGCUGGUUUAGGUACAUCAUUAAGUUCUAAAGUAGAACAGGCUCUGUUAGACUGGGUCCCAAUAGACAGUCACUUGUGCGCUGUUCGACUUAACGGGACAGUAAGUAAUCUAAAAGAUAGAGACAUGUGCCAUUGUCUUUUCGUUGACUCUGCUUAUACUCUCACUAAGAAGCUAUCAAACCUCCAUCAAAAGCCAAAUACUCUGAUGUAGAGUCACAGCGCCAGGUGAUUUUAAUUCUCAAGUAGAUAGACUAAAUCUAACCGAAAGGCACUGAGGCGGAUCUUGCGGUGUCGCGGCUCAGAGAACAGAUAAUGGUGACCGUCUGUUGCAAUUAUGCUCAGAUGACCGUCUAUUUCUAGCAAACACAAACUGUAAACAUGAGAAGAGACAUCGUCUGACGUGGUGACCUCUACAAUCGAUUCAGCGAUGAACUCAAAUAAACCUCAUUUCCAUCAGUCAUCGUUGGAGGGGCCCGACAGAGGACUGCUGCUCAUUCUGGAGCUUAUGUUUAGAUUCAGAUCACGCUCCAUUGUGAGGACGUAUUUUUAUCUGUGUCUUACAGGAAACAGAAAAUACACAUUAUGAAUACUCGUCACAAUUCAACCUAAUGAUAAAAAAGAAUGGAAAAAGUAUUUCAGAAUCGACCAGAAAUGUAGUUAGUCAACCAUGAAGGUGAUAUCCACACCGGGUCAGUUUGACAUGCUAUCCGAACAGUCAUGAAAAUAGCAGUGAUAGCAACCAGCAAAUUAAAUCUAAAGGCGAAGAGAUAUCAGUGGCGUCUACAGAACUGAUAGAUGCUCGGAAUUUCAUCCCGUCUGGUUCAGAACAUGGUAAGGAGCGGAGGUAUCUUAAAUGUAGGUUGAUAAAAAACCUACGUAAUGAUCGUGAGCAGUAUUUAUUUAUUUUAUUAAUUUGAAGACAUAAAUAUUGGUACAAAAGGGUACCAAAUAUAUAUGCGCAACACAAAACAAUGAGAAUGGGAAGAGAAAAAAAGAAGGUUAGGAGCGUAACAGAAAAAGAGGAAAACAAUAAAAACCAGACUAGUGUAAGGUAGUGUAAUAAUAAUAAUGAUAAUAAUAAUAAUAAAAAUAGAAGUACUUUGCACUUCGAAGGUGCAAAGCACAUACCGUACCUGCGGACAUUGCUUGCCAACUGAUUAAGUGCGGAUUGCAUGGGUUGGACAUUAUCGCACAGUAAGACAAUAUCAUCCGCAUACUCAAGGUCGAGAAGUCUUUCUCCAGAGAACAGUCCUGUCCAACGAAUCAAAGUCCGUCCUGAUGUCAAGAAACACUACGAUUGUUGGCCUGUGAUAAGUAUGACAGUGUUCUAACAUUUGGCGGAGGGUGAAGAUAUGAUCAAUACAUCCUCGACCAGAACGAAAAUCAGCCUGCUCCUCGCGAGUCAAUCUUUCUCGGGUUUGGAACAACCCACGAAGUAUGACAGAAGCCAAUAGCUUGGAAGUAGACUUAUCCCCCGAUAGUUGUUACAGGAACGACGUGAACCGUUUUUAAAGAUAGGGACAACUAUCGACUCAUUCCAUGACGUUAGUACACUCUCUAGUUCCCAAACCUUUGUAAACAACGUCGUCAGUUCCCUAACGAGAAAUUUACCACCAUCUUUAAAGAGAGCCGGAGGCAAGCCAUCUGGGCCAGGUGAUUUGUAGCGUUUCAAGAGUUGGAGUUCCUUGUGGACUUCCGCCUCAUUUGGUGAAUCAGUCGUCACCGGUCAUGGAGGGCAGGACAGUCUGACCGAUGUUGCCGGAGCAGCAGGCCAGUUGAACUGCCCUUCGAAGAAUUCUGCCCAUCGUUUCAUUUUAUUUGUGUGUGGGCUCUGAUACUGUCCGGGUACCCAGACCGAAGCAGGUAGUUUUCUUAGGGGGCCACACCUCGAGCCUUUGACCUAAAUAUCUGACCCACAGGGCAGUGGGGCAUCGUGAGGAGAUGCAGUCCCAUGGUAGCCGGUGACCAACGAUUGGUUCAUACGCCAUUUGUUCCCUCAGGAUACUGGAGCCUAUGUGCACCAUUUGUUUGGGAUCCGGUUAGAGCGCCGGACAUUCGCUUUUUGUCCUCUCAUUUUCGUAAACAACAGUAAUGCCACGAGAAGGCAGUGAGUAGGACUUCUCUGGCAGAGGCUGUAUACGCAUGGUCGUGUGAGAGUAUUUCGAGAGGGAGGGCGGGCCCACCACACUCGGCCAUACCAGGGCAUUUGGGGGCUCGUGUGCAGUUGUGGGUAACGAAAGCAGAAGAGAUGAAAAGGCAUCAGCGAUAGGUAACAGUAGACAUCUGUUCAGUCUUAUCAAGGAAACGGGUGUUAAAAGUCCGUUUGUUAAUGAAAAUAUCUCGGGAAACGACGAAACUACUAUUCACUCUCAAUUCAGGAAACUGAACCGAUGGGUAGAACACUUUAGGGAACAGUUCACUUAACCUUCAUCCACACCUCGGUUACCCACUAUCUCCGAAUAAACUGAAUGACAAACUAAUGUGAGUUCUCCAACUCUUAAUGAGGUUGAAGAGGCUAUAAGUAAUCUAAAACGAUGAAGAGCAGCAGAAAAAGAUGGACUAACUACUGAGAUUUUUAAGGAUGAUGGUUCAGUUUUAGCGGUUAUAUUAGCUGAGAUCUUAUAUAGAAUUUGAAGACUGGAUGUAAUGCCAUCUGACUGAUCUUGAUCCCUGACCAUCCCAGUCUAUAAAAAACGGCUGAAAUCUUUUUGUGACAUCCUUAUGGAGACAACGCUCUCAUCGUCUGACUUUUAAGGGUUUGAUCUCCUACUUGGAGAUUAACUAGCUGACUUGGAAAAUGCAGACGAUGCAGUCCUGUUAGGUGAAGUUGCUGACAAAAUGCAGUCUUUUGUUCACCUUUACCAAUAAUGUAAGCAUUGUCGGCAUAUGUUUCGGUUAAAUCUGUUUUAAUCAUACCUGCAAUGGGAUAUUAUCAUUAGCUCUUUGGCUUGUAACGAAUUUGAGGACGUUGUAACUCAACUUACGCAAGGUGGAACAACCUAAUGUUCUACUUUUUGAAUUCCGACUAUUUUGUCCGAGGCUUGUUAGUUAAACUUAGUGAGGUUUUUGCUUGCCAUUGUAUUUCUUUUUUUAGUAUGUGUAAAUCAUUAUUGUCUUCAGUUAAUCAAUGUUAUUAUUGUUAUUUAUUUUAGAACAAUCCUCGACGAGACUACUAUUAAUAGUGGUAAAGCAAUGUUAAUCAUAUUUGUUUCACAACAAAAUAGUUGAGAGGAAACUUGAUCAGUCUGUGAUUUGGAACCAUUUCUUAUAUUAUAAUUAUGGUUAUUAUCAUUAUAUACAUAAAGGUUUCUAAUCAUUAUCUGUCAGUGUGCAGAUUUGUAUAAUUUUAUGGAACUGUGUAUUUAAACCGUUGAUUUUCUUUUACAUGUGUAUAUGUAAUGUCAACUGCCAUAUAAAAUAUAUAAAUACUUUUUUGUGUACAAUAACUAGUUUUGCUUGUCUCUUACCCAUCAUUUGUGCUUGGGCUUGUUCCUGUAAAGAUGAUUUGUUAUCAUAAUUGGUGCAAUUAAUGAUACCGACCGUGAAUGGAGUUGUUGACUGUAAUUAGAAAACAAAACCUAGUGUAUGUAUAAUCUGCCUUCGUUUUAAUAGCUCGCAAGUUGCACUUUACUAAGUGCCCCAGGUGGACAACUUCAGGAAUAACCUGUCAACUUGGGCUUACUUAACUUUUUGAUGGAUUUCUGUAGGAUGUCAGAGCAUUUAUUUAAUACUAGUUUAAGACUUUGUAAACUAAGGUUAUUAGCGUCUGUUGUUUCAAGUGUAUGUACUUUUACACAGUUUUUAUGACUGUGCCUCAGUUGUUUUUAUGCAGUUGUAUCAUUGUGCUAAAUUGUUGCGUACACCAAACAAGCGACCUGUGAAGUGACCAGUAAUGACUCCGUAGACAAUACACACUACACAGGCAAUUACCAGUUAAAACCUACUUAACCAAUACUUUAUUUCCAUGGUGGUCUAGCUUCAUUUGACUCAUGAUCUCAACAAUAUAAAUUACUAAAAUUUCCACAAAACCCCCUUAUGAUAAUAAUCAACAUAUGCUCACUAGUGACUGGCUUCAAGAUGUAUAUCCUGGAGUUCUAGUGAGAAGCAGUAACCAGUGGAGUUCAACCAGGUCUGUUGUGAGAUAGUAACUCACUGAUUGCAAUGUUGGAUGUGUUGCUCAAUUUCGUGGAUUAGUUGAAGUUAGACAUUAACACCGUUGGAUGCUGGCUCAGUGGUCUAGUGGUUAAAUGCUCGCGCGCGAAGCCAGUAGGUCCCGGGUUCGAAUCCCGCAAAGCUGGAUCGUGGAUGCGCACCGCUGAUGAGUCCUACAAUAGGACUAAAGCGACCGUCCAGUGCUUCCAUGUUUUCCUUGGUGGUCUAGCUUCAAUUGACUCAUGAUCUCAACAAUAUAAAUUACUAAAAUCUCCACAAAACCCCCUUCUGAAAAUGAAAUCAGUUAGGGGAAGUCUUGUGAUGCAUAAAAGCCAAAACGUGACGGGCAAAAUGUUGUGCUUAUACGCGUAAUUUUUAUUAUUGAUGAUAUGCUAUGUUUAUAAAAAUAUCCUAAUAACUUUGUUUUCCACUAUGAUUGACCGUUUUGAUAUAAAGUCAGUUCAAUAAUUCGCAUAAACCUAAAAAUCACAGCCGAACAACCUAGGACACAGUAAAUGAUAAUCACGUUUGCUGUUUUUAUACAAAUAGGUGGUUUUUUCUGUAAACAGACUUUAUGAACUUAUUGGUUGCAAACUAAUAGGCUAUUAGACUUUUAUUAUGUCUAGUGUUAAUAUUCACUACAAAUCGAUCUUGGUUAAAUAGGAGGAUUUUCCUGGAUAGCUAAUUUUUCAUGUUUAAAAGUUACCGAUUCUGUAAUCGGGAACUUGGUUUUGUCGUGCUUGUUAAAGAUAACUUUAUUCAUAAUAUUGAUAUGAAACAGAUUCACUAGAUUUUAUAUUACACUGUAAAUCUUCGUACUUCAAUUAGUCUUAUAGAAAUCAUUUGUUUAUCGAAAUUAUCAUAUGAAAUUUCAAUCCAAACUAAUGAACAUUUAAGCAUGAAACCUGAUUAUCUUUGGUUUGUGUGCGAGUAGUAAAGCAAAAUGAAACAAAAUAUCGAUAUUACAUUCGCCAAAAUUUGGCUGGCAGUUGCAUAUUUCAUGCUUGGUUCAUGUACAGUGUAAUAAACUCUAGGUGAUAAUAAAAAUAUAAUUGUUUUGAUUGUAAUUAGAUCAGUGGGAUUGGGAACUUGAAAAGUAUGGGCGAGAUAACAAUUACACAGAAUGUAUCCACCAUGUUAUAGUGAGUCAGACAAAUUUCUUUGAUUCUUCUUUCAUUUUAUUAAAACCACUUUUUAAUAUUUACAUUUAUAAGGAAAUAAGACAAUAACAGGAUUGUAAUGGUGUGUAAUGUCACAACAAACAUCCACUUUUACAACUGGACAAUUUGUUGGUGCUAGUAGUAGUAAUGAUAGUUUACUUGGUUCACCUAUACCAUAUCAACCAGUUUGUCAGAGAUGCUUUAAUCCACUACAAUUGGAUCAAGAUUUUGAACACUUACAGAAAACAGAAUUAUUGACCUUAAUUGGUAAGAUAUUCUAUUUCUUUUUGUAAUGUACAUUGUAUGUUUUGUUUGCUCUCAAUAAUAAAGUUUAUAUUUAUCAAAUUGUUAUCACUUUUCGCAGUCAAUAGAUUAAUGAAUCAAAUGGUUUAUUAAUAAAAAUUAAAUAAAGUGACAAUAAGACAAGUGAACUUAUUAACCUUUAAAUAGUGAGUACAUUAGACUGAUUUUAUGUCAGAUUUUGUGCUUCUAAAUAUUCUGUUGAUUUCAUCGCGUUUUCUAAUAACUAUUUAUUUCGUUAUUUUUUGUGACAUGGAAAAUCCUCGCAGUUGUUUCACGUUAAGAAUGCAAACAAAUAUAAUUAGUAGACACUACUCAAGUAAGAAGGCGAACAGAAUAGCAUUUUUCCUUAUUGAACGAUCUAUAUCUUCAUUCUGCAAACACAAGUUACCCUUUCUCGACUGAUACUUAAUCGUAUGCACUGUUAAUUAUCCGUUUAUAAACUAUAUUACUUGUUUAUAUUUUCAAAAGUGUUUGUAAUCAAGUGUAUAAACGGUUAAUACUUGACUGACCACACCGUGGGGAACGAACUGGGACCAAUGGGUUCAACCUCCCGAGGACAACUGGCUGAGUUCGGUCAAAGAUAACCAUUCCUUAGUACUCUUUUUGAUCUAGCUUUUUAGAGAUAUCCAUAAAAAGAUAAGAUCGGUUGAUUUGCUUAAUACCCUUUGGAAACAUCUUACUGAGCCCAUACCUUAUUACAGUCAGCAAUGAAACUGAGUUCUGGGCCCUAAGAUGUGUUUUUAUUUGUUUCCUCUUUCUUAAAUCCACCCGACUGGUGGCUGUUCCAGCCAUCAUAAGUCAGACAUAUCGUUAUGCUUGGGAAACCUGAUCGCUAUAUCAAAGUAAUGACUGUGGCCGAGACUUUAAUAUAAAUAAAAGGAAUCAAUCUUCACACUAUUUCUUCCGCCUCCCUGAUAGGUUUUUUUAAAUUGGUUUUGCAAAUACAUCUUUUUCAAUCUUAGAUGCUACGACUGCUGACAGUGAAACAUCUGAUCCAAUUAAUUUAGUACCUGUUAAAAAUUCGACCACUCCUCGACCAAGAUUCAUCGUCCCACCGAAGUAAGUUUUCUUUAAAAAUAGGUACAUCUGAUGGUUCUUUAAUAACUCAGUUUUGGACAUAGUUUUGAAUAUUUAUGUGAGUGUAAAAGUUGUCUGAUUUUUUUGCAUUCUGGGUUGUGUAGAAACUCACCUGAACAUAGAAAUCAAAACCUUUGAAUGAAUUGGUUUGUAUCUCUCCCAAAUCUUAUCUAUGUACAAUCAAGUUGUUCGUGUGAUUAUUUCUUUGCGGUUCAGUGAUGAGACAGAACAUCAAGUACAAGUUCAUAUAAUUGGCUUCGCGCCAUACUUUGUAUCUAAGGUCCAGUGAUACUACUGGACUGCCAGAACUGAAAUAGGUUGAGUCUUAAACUUGCGGUUUAGUGACUAAACGUUAAUCGCCGCACACAUUAGGUUUAUUUAUAUAUAAUCCUUAUUUGCUCAUUAACUUCAUAACUUCUUCGUUGUGUUGGUUAUUAAGUUCAGCACUAUCCUUGUUAAAUGAUGAAGAAGAUCCACUUGAAACUCUUCAGUCAUAUGCCGGACCUACUUCAAGUCUUGACCAUCGUCUCAAGGUGAAUGCCUGUUUAUUUGAUGUAUUAAGUGGUCGUACUGAAGUUGAUCAUCCUCUAUGCCAGGAAUGUGCUGAUACUUUAUUGUUGGCUAAACAACAAUGUUUAGAAUUUCAGGAAGAAGAAAUGAAAUGUUUGCAAUUUUACUUAUCGUACCUUGAUUCGACUGCUGGGAAAAUUGAAGCUAAAUUAAAGUCUAAACAAGCGUUUAAAUUAAAGUCAACCCAGAAAACGGAAAGUAAGAAUCUUUCAUGUGAAACAAUCACUCAAUCACAUGAUCAAGUCCCUGAAAAUCAUAGCACUAUCACAUCUAGUGAAAACAAAAUUGUAUUUGAUAACAUCGUUGACGAUGAUGAUACUACUGUUCAUGAUGCAAACAACGAGUUGGCUAACGAUUCAACAUUAAUUGAUUCUGUAUUAAGUCUUGCAUUUGAUGAUAACAAUGAUAGUGAUAAUUAUUUUGAUGAUGAUGACGAUGAUGAUGGGGGUGGUGAUAACGACGACGACGACGACGACGACAAUAACAACAUAGGUGAUAGUAGUUAUGCUGUGAAAAUAGAUAAAAAUAUUAAAAAAUAUACAUCAAAUCGUAAAAAAUACGGUGCAAAUGUAAGUGAACUUGAACAAACAUUAAAUGCUUUACAAUCCAAUUUAAAUGAAUUAUUAAUUGAAAAUGACAAAUUAGAUAAACAAAUAAUUCAAGAUACAGUUGAACUAGAAAAGCGUACGGAAGAAUUAGAUAGAGCUACAACUCAAUAUAAUGAUCAAAAACUGGCCUUAAUAGAAGCAGAAGAAGAAAUGCAGUGCUUAGAAUCCCGACUAAGCUAUGCUCGAAAUCAUUUACAUAGAUUACAGCGUACAAAUGUACUUAAUAUUGCUUUUCCUAUAUGGUACGAUGGUCAUAUUGGUGUAAUCAAUGGACUACAUCUUGGUCGUUUGCCCAAUCGUCCUGUUGGUUGGGAAGAGAUCAAUGCAGCUUGGGGUCAAUGUGCUUUAUUAUUACAGUGCAUUGGGAAGAAACUGAAUCACACUUUUCAAAAUCAUCGUAUUGUGCCAAUGGGAAGCCAAUCAAAAUUGGUUCAACUAUCGAUAUCGAAAGAAUUUCCUCUUUAUUAUACUACUGGUGGCAUGCGAUUAUUAAGUGCCGGCAAAUUCGAUACAGCUAUGAUAAAUUUUUUAGAUUGUUUAAAUCAAGCUCAACAAAUUAUAGAGCAUACAUCCAAUAUACAAUUACCUUUUCGCAUUAAAGAUAAGGGAAAAUUACAAGAUCCUGAUGGUCAGAUUUAUUCGAUUAAAUGGAAUGGGAAUUCUGAAGAAAAUUGGACUAAAGCUUUAAAAAUGAUGCUUAUCAAUAUGAAAUGGAUUAUAGCUGCAUUAUCUACGAAAAAGAAUAAAAAAGCAAUUAGUAUUCAAUCAACUCCUAGUACUAUUGAUAAAUAAUCCAAUAAUAAUAGUAUGUCUAUGUGUGAGCUAAAACAUUUAAGUAAUUCUCCUUCUCCUAUUGUACAGUAUAUGACUGCAGUUGUGAAUGGUUCAUUUUGAUUAAUAUAAGGAAUUAUUGUAUUGUCUUUCAUCAUUAUUUUCAAUAUAUGUAAUAAUUGUUACAUAAUACAUGAUGAAAUAAUCAUUGUUUACGUUUCUUUUUUCAUCAGUGAUGGGUGAAUUAAAAAGUAUUUUAUUAUUAUUAUUAUUAUUAUUAUUAUUAUUAUUAUUAUCAAAAAGAGUAUUGUGUAUAUAAUUGUUUCAUUCUUUUAUUGCUACACUUACCCUUUUUUAUUGAUUGACUACAAAUUCUUUUCUAUAAAAUAAAUUCAUGUACUACUAUUUAGAAUUGACUUCUUGGUCAACAAUCGGGAAAACUAAUUUUUAAGCGAAUAAAAAUGUUAUAGGAUUCAUGUUUCUAUAAUAAUAUUUUCAAAUGCCUUCUUUGAUAUCUAUACGGUUUUCACAUUUACUGGUUUUAGUUACAUUCGAAAUUUCAAAAUAUUGCAUUGUAGUGAACGAGAAUAUCAUACUUCAUUUGAAAAAUGUCUAUCAAUUGUCUAAGACUUUGUUGUUCCUCCAUUUCCACACCAUUCUUUGUCUGUCCCCGUUCUCUUCUAUUUGAGCUUCGCAAUGUUCUGCUGUCAGACAUUCAACUUUCGAUUGGUGUCACAUACUACUUAUGUAUGUUAACACAAGUAGCACACAUCAUACUAAUAGGAGAAAUAUUGUAUGAUUAUGGAUACACGAUCUAUUGCCAUGUUUGAUAUAGUUUAGUAUAAGUUCAAAGGCAGUGAGGAAAUCAUGAUAGUAUUCAGGUAAUACAAAUUUCAUGAAGCUUUUGGAAGUAGAAAAAAAUAACGAGGCUGAAUUUUGAAUUGGUUGAUUUACCUUCUUCAACCAGAUCUUAAUGUUUAGAAAAUUCCUAUACUGCGAUUUGGAACAACGAGUAUAAGCGAACAAUAUUGUUAUCAAUUAGAUCCUCAUCAGGCUUUGAUCUAAUAUACAGUAAUAUUUAUAUGCAUAUACGAAAUUAUUAAACAAAACAAUGUAGUGUAUGAGUCAAUGAUAACAGCAGGAUAGAUUAUAUAAAUAGGCCCAGUAAUUAAAAAGUACAAAUUGAUAGUGUGAUGACAGGUGUACUAUUUAUGAUAAGAAUAACAUGCUUGAAUGAAUGUUUUAUAAUAGGAAAUAGUUCAAUGGCUUGAAAAAUAUAAACAUUGAAAUAACAUCCAAAAUAAACUAAGAUUACGCAAGGCAUUCAAUUAUAAUUUCGUAUAUGCACAUUUGUGUUAUUGUCCAACUGAAGAAAGCUUG